AUGCCUUAUGCUAUGAUACGACAUUUACGACGAACGGUGCUGUUAACUCAACAAAUACGUCUCGAAAGCACUAUGACCAAUCUAACUCAUGAAGAUUACGUUUUCCGACCUCCCAUAACACAAUGGAGUAACAUCAUCAGAGAAGCAGAGAAGAUUGUUGGCUAUCCGACCUCAUUUAUGAACUUAAGAUGGUUACUGAGCGAUGAAUUCGCUAAUAUGGCUGUGCAUUUGCGCAAAAUUGUUAACAGCAAUCAUCCCUUAAUGAAAACAACAAAAUCCGUAUUAUACAAUGAACACAACAAUCUUCAACCAUGGGGCCUGAUUAUAUUGCUUCUGUCCAAAGCAGUCAACCCAACAAUGCCUUCACUGCAAGCUAACAAAGUAAACGAAAGUCAAAGGCAAUUAGCAGAGUUGACAGAGAUGUUACGAACAGGACACUCUAUACACAAAGGCCUACUUAACCUACCAAUAGGGAAGAGCAAAGAUUUCGAUACAGAAGUGUUUGCUAAUAAAAUUGCAAUACUUAUUGGUGACUAUUUGUUAGUGACUGCCAAUGGAAUGCUAGCCCGUCUGAAAAACCAAGACCUAUCUUACUUAAUAUCAACAGCUUUACGUGAUUUGAGCGAAGGGGAAUUCUUUGGGCACAGGGAUUCUCAAAAUAUGCCUUUGCCUGGGAAACCUUCAAGCAUAUUAGGUGCAUAUGAAUUUAACAGUGAUACGCUUCCCUUUGAUGUGACUAAUGUGUUAGGAGCACCUAUAAAGGAGUGGACUUUACGGACAUUGUAUAAUGGUGGUAGUUUGUUUGGUCGGGGUUGUGAGGGUGCUGUAUUAUUAGCAGGUAGAGGAAGAGACAAACAAGAGAAGGCAUAUUUAUUAGGGUGCCAUUUAUGUCUAGCUUGGCAGGCUGCCAGUGAUAUCCAGAAGUUCACAACUGGCAAUAAGGAAACAUUUUCAUUAGUGAGUGCUCCAGUUCUGUUCGCCAUGAACCAAUCACCGCAGCUUUAUGAAAAGAUAGAGAAGGCACAGAAUGAUGUAAGGGAGCUCGAUUAUGAUGCUCUUAAAGAUAGUAUAUUAAAAACAAAUGCGUUAGAAGAAACUAGACGUCUAUUUUCAAAAAAUUCUGAAUUAGCAUUGAAGUACGCAGAUACCUUUGGUAACUGUGAAUCAAUCAAUACUAUAAAGAGUUUGAUUAAGACAUCAUUAUAG